GGCCGAAAACUGACACUGGUGGCCGAAAACUAGCACCCGGAAAGCUUUUGCAAUUAUCGUUGUUGCCAUGGAAAUGUGUCGUGUCGUAGUAAGUUGAAUAUACUAUUUAUUAAGGAAGGAUAUAUAUCAACACUUUAUGUCAUAAAAAUGUUAUUGUUUCUAUUAACUGAAGUAAAAAGUACAAAAAAUGCUUAAGUGGCCGAAAACGGGCUCCUUUUCAUGAUGUUGAUGAUCUGAUGAUCGACAGGAUAGUGAGUCGGUCUUGUCUUCGAUUCUGAUGAUAGGUCUAUAUAUUGUUAUAUGGCAUAGUGUCAGCUCGCUCGGGACUCCUGUCCAUAAAUCUCUCCUCGGAGCCCUAGAGUCUAGACUAGCCCAAAUCUGACAGCGAACUGAAGUGUUUCAAGACACGGUCCGAGCUGAUCUGCUGUGAAGUGAAACUUUUGAUAGAAAAUGGCAGCAGUCAACCAGGACCAGCAACCACUCAACUUGGCUUCAAGACUGGAUUGGCCUAAUCCAGUGAGUCUUGAUGACAUGAAAGGAAUAUUUGCUUCUCAAAAUGUUGAUCUGGAUGCUAGAGACGAACUGCAUGGUUGGUCGCCUCUGAUGAUCGCUUGUGCUCAAGAUAAGAAGGAAAUGGUCCAGCUCCUCCUUGAUCAUGGAGCUGACCCCAAUGCAAAGGGCUCCAAAGAUGGAAACACACCAAUGCACUGUGCUUCUGUGGGCUACAACUGUAAGAACAUUCCACGUUUAGGUAGUGAUCACUGUCAUGGCUGGGAUGAGCAGUCAAGAAAGGAGAUCCUCAGACUUCUCAUCAAUCAUGGCGCAACACUGAUAUGUAACUCAAAUGGACUCGAUCCUCCUUGCAUCGCAGCAAUUUACAAUUUCCAAGACAUCGUUGAAUUCUUUGUCCAGGGGAAAACCCAUGAAUUGCAAUUGUCCAAUGCAGAAAAGGCAAGAGUUCAUGAAAUUCUUGGAGUGGCACUGGGCCUUUAUACCAAUCUCAAUGCACCUGCUUGCACAGGUGAGAGCCACCCAUGUACACAUUUCUGCAGAGCUCUGUCUAUUCACGAAGAAAGUGGUAUUACACCUUAUGGGAAUCAUGGAAAGUCUGACGCAGCUGCUUCUUUCUCUCUUUUCUCUGAAACAAAGGAAUGCAGGACUCGAGAAGAAUGGGAAAACAUUAAGUCAGAUCAUUGGUCUUUAAAGAACCAGUGCUUCUUGGUUGCAGAAAGAGUGCUCCCAGAAGAAAUAAAAGAUGACUACAUCUUGCAAAGAGUUCUAAAGCAUGGGCUUGAUGGCGUUAUCUUUCAGAAGGAAAGGAACCAGGAAACACUGGCACAGGGUUCUCAAAUCUGUAGAGAAUCAAUACAGUUGGAGCUGGAAUCAAGAUUUGAGCUUGGAUCAGUCCUUGUCACCAUAGUGAAUGGUAUCCAUUACAAAAAACUUGAAGAUGAUGUAGUUGAUGAGUGUUACAAGUUGCUAGAUCUUUGUCUUCAGGUGUUUAAUAAAUACUCCCAGGACCGUCUGCACGAGAUGAACUCGCAUUUGGUGAAUAAAGUUGGCAAUAUAUUGUUCGAUAUUGCUCUCUAUGACUUUGCCAAGUCAAAGAAUACGUUUGAAUCACUGCUUCAGUUUGGUGAAAGAAUGGUAAGAGUUAUUAGAAUACAAAUUGGUGACAAAUCUUGUGCAUCAAUCACUCACUGUAUUUUGGAACGCAUUCAUGAAUUGAAUUGGAGGUCUUCCAAAGACAGAGGAAAAAAGGAAGAGUGCCGACGAAAGCAAGUGAAAGAGAAUCGUAUGAAGCGUUUGAUCUCAAGGAUGGUGCGAUGUGAAGAUGCAACUCAAAUUGACAGUAAUGGGAACUCAAUGUUGCAUUCGUUACUGGGUGAUGUUCAAUAUGCCAAACAGCAGUUCACAAAGGAAACUGCUCUGAUCCUUAUCCACAAUGGAUGCGAUAUUGAAGCGCGAAAUGCUGAUGGUUUGACAGUGAAAGAGAUGAUCUGUAAAAGUAGUCAUUUUGAUCCAGAUGCACCAGAAAAUGAAGAGCUAAUGACCUUGUUAUCCCCACCAAGAACAGCGUUGCCUCUUCAAGAAAUAGCAGCGAGAAUAAUCCUUCGCUGCAAGAUCCCGCAUGAGGGUAUAGUACCAAGACAUCUGUCUGUUCUUGUUACAGGGGAAGUAGAAUACUCAGACUCAGAACUCUUUCUAGAAUACCCUUUUAGCGACUGUGAGUCUAGUUCAAGUGAGUAUGGUGAAUGGGAUAAUUCCAGUCCUGAUGGUAGUGAAUCUGAUGGUGUUAUGUCUGAUUGACAAGAUACUCCCUGCCAAGGCUCAAAUUUAUUUUUUGCCCACGUGGGCUCUUCAAAAAAAAAAGAGCCCCCGUGAGCCUUCUCGAUCACGGGGGCUCUUUUUAAUACAAAUUUUCAUUACGUUGGUACCCAUCUUACUCCUCAAUUCUUAGCGAUUUCAUCAUUAUCAUUUAUUGAAGUCAGCAUUUUCCCUCUUACAAA